UUUGCCCUUCAACCCCGCGGCCACUUCCCGGGCCCGGGAGGAGGGAGGCCGGACCGUCCUCCCGCCCGCUCCCUCGGCCUGUCGGCGCCUUCCCCACGUCAUGUGUGCCUGUCCCGACCCGGCGGGGGACCAGUGCUGCCCUCGCGGAGGAUCCGUCCAGGAUAAAGAGCAUCCAAGAAAUCUGAUCCCAGAACUCUGCAAACAGUUUUAUCAUUUGGGAUGGGUCACUGGGACUGGAGGAGGAAUUAGCCUGAAGCAUGGCAAUGAAAUUUACAUAGCUCCAUCAGGAGUACAGAAAGAACGAAUUCAGCCAGAAGAUAUGUUUGUUUGUGACAUAAAUGAGCAGGAUAUCAGUGGACCUCCACCAUGUAAGAAUCUAAGGAAGAGUCAAUGUACUCCUCUCUUUAUGAAUGCUUAUACCAUAAGAGGAGCCGGAGCAGUGAUCCACAGUCAUUCUAAGGCUGCCGUCAUGGCUACCCUUAUCUUUCCGGGACAUGAGUUUAAAAUUACGCAUCAAGAGAUGAUAAAAGGAAUCAGAAAAUGUACCUCAGGAGGAUGUUAUAGAUACUGUGAUACACUAGUGGUCCCCAUUGUUGAGAAUACUCCUGAAGAGAAGGAUCUUAAAGAACGCAUGGCCCAAGCAAUGAAUCAAUACCCGGAUUCCUGUGCUGUAUUAGUGAGGCGUCACGGAGUAUAUGUAUGGGGAGAGACCUGGGAAAGGGCCAAAACCAUGUGUGAAUGCUAUGAUUACUUGUUCGAUAUUGCAGUACAGAUGAAGAUGAUAGGACUGGACCCUUCAAAGCAUCCGGCUGGUGAAAAUGGAAUUGUAUAACCCGCUACAGUACUUACUUGUAGCUAAUGAACCCAGAAUUUCUACCCUGCUUGCAUUGUACUUGCCCAAGCACUUAGUAUAGUCUUCUGCACAUAGUAAGUGCUCAAUAAAUAACUUUGUUGAUGA